GGAGUAGCCGGAAACGUAUUACGUGAGUUGAGUCUGCUACGAAAGAUAUCCCAUCCAUUCAUAGUGAACCUUUGGUACACAUUCCAGGAUCGUGAUUACAUGUACAUGGUCACGGAUCUGCUCCUCGGUGGUGAUCUACGUUAUCAUCUUAAUCAACAAGGAAAAUUUGCUGAAGAUAGAUCAAAACUAUACAUGUGUGAGAUAUCUUUGGCCAUAGAUUAUUUACAUGGAAAGGGAAUCAUGCAUAGGGAUAUCAAGCCGGAGAAUAUUCUGCUAGACGAACAAGGUCAUGCCCAUUUGACUGACCUCAAUCUUGCUACUCAACUCGAAGAAAAUAAGCUUGCUACCUCAUACUCAGGAACUCGUCCCUACAUGGCACCAGAGGUGUACGCAUGUGCUUUGGGAUUGAUUGAUGGCUACGAUUUAAAAGUGGACUGGUGGUCUUUAGGUGUGACAUUUUAUGAAAUGAUGCGUGGUCGGACACCAUACGAGUUUAGUCCUCAUUUCACUGCCGAACAAGUUUUAUUAUUGAUACGUGAGAGUUACGUUCCGUUUCCGGCCCACUGGCCGACAGAUUUGUUGAGUUUUUUGCGACUUCUACUUCAUCCAGCGCCGGAAGGUCGCAUAGACUCGUUAGCCGCCCUCAAACGACAUCCAUACACUGCUCGUAUAGACUUUGCCAGUGUUCUUGCCAGACGUGCUGCCCCAGUAUUCGUGCCUUGCAAUGAGGGUCUUAAUUGUGACCCAAUGUAUGAAUUAGAGGAACGUAUUAUUGUUUCUACUCCUAUUCAUCGUAGACGACAUAAUAGACGGCGAUAUGAUGAAACGGAUGCACUCAGGGAGAUCUCACAGCUGCUUGAUAAGCUUUGA